AUGGCAUCUCCUCCCUGCCAGAACGACGCCGAGCCUUUGUUUUUGCCAAUAACUUACAACAAUCUCAGCACAGACGGUCAAGGUGCUCGAGCUUGGGGUAUCGCACUCGACGUUGGCACGCCGAACCAGACAUUUUCGCUGUAUCCUUCUAUCUGGGACACUACUGUGCUCGCAAACGUCCGCCACUGUACAUCCAAGGAUGACCUUAUCUGUCUAGCCGCAAAUGGUGGACUGUAUGAUCCCAAGUUGUCUUUGACCUCAGCCAAUCCGGAAUUUUCUACUUGGAAUGGCACAGUGAGCGGAACAGAUUCUUCAAUCUUUACUUUCUAUAACGAUGUCAUUGACAUUCCACAAUUCAACGAUACUAGAAUUUGGGGAUACCCGUUUGUGACUGACGACGCAAGUUUAUGGGGUAUAAGUAGCCUUGGAAUAGGCCCUAAUUCGACCUUUCUUCAAGCUGCAGUCGACGCCGAUGCUGCACCUUCAAUGUCCUGGGGUUUGUGGGUCGGAAGCCGCUCCAUCGAUGAACCUCAGGAUGGGCUCCUCAUGGUCGGAGGGUACGACAAUGCCCGAGUCGCCGGCGACUUCUUCACGGAUGUAAGCACUCUCGAAUGCCCUGUGUGUCUGCAAAUUCAAGACUUGUCAUGGGCUACGGAAAAUGGCACCAUCGGCCUGACGAACGCAACAACAAACAAUUUUCAAGUCUCGCUGAACCCGAUAAGCAACUCGAUUCAGAUCCCGCAGGAGCUGUUCAAGGCAUUUGGCAUCGCGACAAAUGGCACCUACGACCAGCAGCUCGAGACAUAUACAUACGCCGGGUUGAGCCCACCCGUCGGUAACCUGAGCUUCACGAUCAAGGGCGGCUACAAGACGUCGAUACCUGCGAAUGAGCUAUUCCGAUUCCAUGGCGAAUAUAACAGUGAAGGAGAGCUGGUCAUUGCAAAUGACACGUACCAGCAGGCCUUUGUGUACUCGUAUACCAACCAGGACACAAGCGAUCUGCACUACACCUACACGUGGGGUCUGCCGUUUCUCACGAUGAACUACCUCAUCCUCGACGUCGAGCAGCAGCAAUUCCGCUUGUCGGAAGCCAUACGUCAGGACUUUGGUAAAGAAGGCGGUGUCUUUCCCCGAAAAUUGUGCUCAGACCCACCGGUAGGACCUGGCGGUGGGGGAGAUGGUGGGGGAGAUGGUGGAGGAACUAAUAUCGGCGCAAUUGUAGGAGGUGUCGUUGGGGGCGUCGCUGGUCUCAGUCUACUCGUUCUGGGUGUCUUCUGCUUGUGGCGUCUUCGUCGGCGUCGAAGCAGCAGCACCCGUGGCACAAGCACCCGUAGAGUUCCGGCGCUGCCCAUGACAUAUGCUGCAGUCCAGACAGGAGCGGCAGCUGCAGGCUACGAUUCUCGCCUGACCAUGUCUCAUCCUCCCCAAGGCACGGUAUUUUAUCCAACACAAGCACCUGCUUACGGGUACACUAUGACGGGCCACCCUUCUUCAUUUGGACAGGUUCAACAAAUCUACCACCCCAGUCUCGGGGGACUGGUGGCUCAGGAAUUACCUCCCUCCGAUACCAACGCCUCUGAGUUGAAGAGUGCACGUUCACAACGUGCUGGGAGCAGGGACAGGGACGGAUCCGUGAGUUUGAAACGACGAUUCCCAGCCUGA